AUGGUCCAGAAUCAGAAAACGCCAACCCAACAUAACUCAACAUUAUAUAUAUCUCCAAUGAUAAAUAAAAAGAAUGAAUUGUUUGUAACACCUCCAAAUCCAACUUUACAACAUCCUUCUCAACACCAUAACAAUAAAUCAAAAUUAUUUGAAACACCAAAUUCAUCAAAAAGUUCAUUUUUUAACUUGGAUAGAACUUCACAUCAAAAUGAAUCUACUACAAAGGAUUCAUUAGCUGAUCCAUUAACACCUGUUGAAAAAUUGAGAUUAUGGAGACAUGAUUCUUUUAUGCAACAUCAAUAUAAAACUUCAGAAUUUAUUGGAGAUAAAAUAUUACAAUUAACGAAAGAUGCAAAUGACGCUUUUUGGUUAGCUCAAGUUUAUUUCAUGCAGGGUAAUUAUUUAAGAUGUAAACAAUUGAUAAAAUCAAAUGCAAUAUAUGAAAAAUCAAUAAGUUGUCGAUAUAUUGCAAGUUACGCAUUGAUAAAACUAGAAUUGUGGGAUGAUGCAUUAGAUUUAAUUGGUGAAGAAAAUCCAUUUCGUAAAGAAACGGUUAAAAAUGAUGAUGGGGGUAUAAAAUUAGAAAGUUCAAUGUGUUACUUACGUGGUUUAAUAUAUUCAAAUUUGAAUAAUUUCGAAAAAGCAAAAGAAUGUUAUAAAGAAGCUUUAUUAGUUGAUGUUAAAUGUUUUGAAGCUUUUAAUGAGUUAAUUAAUAAUAAUUUAAUGUCACCAAUUGAAGAAUGGGAGUUUAUAACGUCAUUGAAUUUUAGAGAAUUGGAUAAUUCAAAUGAUGAAUUGAUUAAAUUAUUAUAUUUUACUAAAUUGAACAAGUAUAUGAAUAUUGAAAAGUUUAAAGAAAGUGAAACAAUACUAAUUGAAGAAUUUGAUUUGAAAGAUAAUAUAGACUUAUUAACUGCAAAAGCUGAUUAUUAUUAUUUACAAUGCAAUUUUGAUCAAUGUUUAAAUUUAUGUGAAUUUAUUCUCAGUAAAGAUCAAUAUAAUUUUAAUAUUAUACCCAAUUACCUUAGCUGUUUAUAUGAAUUAAAUGGAAGAAACAAGUUGUUUCUUAUAGCACAUCAAUUAGUUGAACAACAUCCAACUGAUGCAAUGACAUUUUUAGCAAUUGGUACUUAUUAUCUUUCAAUUAAUAAAAUUAAUGAAGCAAGAAAAUUUUUUAAUAAAGCAACUAUAAUUAAUUCAAAUUUUGGUCAAGCAUGGAUAGGAUUUGCACAUACAUUCGCAAUUGAAGGAGAACAUGAACAAGCAAUAAGUGCAUAUGCAUUUGCAUCUAGAUUGUUUUCAGGUACUCAUUUACCAAAUUUAUUUCUUGGUAUGCAACAUUUACAAAUGAACAAUUUGAAUUUAUCAGAAGAAUAUUUAUUAGCUUCAUAUAAUAUAUGUAAUACAGAUUCAUUAUUACUUAAUGAAUUAGGAGUUAUAAAUUUUCAUAAAUCAAAUUUUGAAAAAAGUGAAUAUUUUUUUAAAUUGGGAUUAAAACAUGCAAAGUAUUUAAAUUCAGAUUCAAAAACAUGGAUAAGUAUACAUUCAAAUCUUGGUCAUAUUUAUAGAAAAUUAAAUCAACCAUAUAAAGCAUUAGAAUGUUUUCAACAAGUUUUAAAAAUAAGUAAUAAAAAUGAUUCAAAUAUUUUAAGUGCAAUUGGAUUAAUAUAUUUAAAAUUAGGUAAUUAUUUUAAAGCUAUAGAUAUUUUACAUGAUGCAAUUGCUAUUUCACCAUUAGAUCCAAUUACUACAGAUUUAUUAAAAAGAGCAUUAGAAGCAAAUAGUGAAAAAAAUUUUGAUUUAUUUAGUAAUACAAUCGAUAUUUUACAAUUGAGACAAAGUCAAAAUAAGAAAUUAACAAUAAAUAAGAAUAAUAAAUUACAAACACCAUUGAAAAGAAGUGAUAAACUUCAAAUCCCAAAAAAUAAUAACGAAAUUAACGAAAUCAAUGAUAAUGAUAAUAAUAAUAAUAAUAAUAAUAAAAAUAAUAAUAAUAAUAAUAAUAAUAAUAAUAAUAAUAAUAAUAAUAAUAAUAAUAAUGAUAGAAAUAAUAAUAAUAAUGUUAAUGAUGAUGAUGAUGAUGAUAUUACAUUAAUGGUCCAAAAUUUACAAAGAGGUGAAUUAACAAGUGAUGAAGAAGAUGAAGUUAUGGAUAUAGAAAGUGAUUAA